AUGUCUACCCGGGACGAAAAGACCGUCACGCGAAGGGCCAAGGUUGCUCCCGCCGAGAGGAUGAGCAAGUUCCUGAAGCACUUCACUGUCGUCGGGGAUGACUACCACACCUGGAACAUCAACUACAAGAAGUGGGAGAAUGAAGAAGAGGAGGAGGAGGAGGAGGAGCAGCGCGGAGAGGAGGAGCAGCCGCAGCCAACGCCAGCCUCGGAGGAGGAGGGCAGAGCUGCUGGCUCCUCUUCGGGGCCCAUCUCCACGCCCAGGCGCCCCGUGGACCUGAGGACCCGUUUGAAGAAGCUCUUCGCCUCCCACAGGUUCCAGGUCAUCAUCAUUUGCCUGGUUGUGCUGGAUGCCCUCCUGGUGCUGGCCGAGCUCAUCCUGGACCUGAAGAUCAUCCAGCCGGACAAGAACAACUACGCCGGCCGGGUGUUCCACUACAUAAGUAUCGCCAUCUUGACCUUCUUUAUGGUAGAGGUUUUCUUUAAAAUAUUUGUUUUCCGUUGGGAGUUCUUCUACCACAAGUUUGAAAUCCUGGACUCUGUCGUCGUCGUGGUUUCGUUCGUCCUCGACAUCGUCGUCCUGUUCCAGGAGCAUGAGCUCGAGGCUCUGGGCCUGUUGAUUCUGCUCCGGCUGUGGCGGGUGGCCCGGAUCAUCAACGGAAUAAUUAUCUCGGUUAAGACACGUUCAGAGCGGCAACUGUUGAGGCUAAAACAGAUAAAUAUGCAGCUGGCUGCCAAGAUCCAGCACCUUGAGUUCAGCUGCUCUGAGAAGGAACAAGAAAUUGAAAGACUUAACAAGCUCCUGAGACAGCACGGACUUCUGGGGGAGGUGAACUAG